AUGCAUGAAGGUACUGGCGAAGAUCAGACGAAAGGAAGCCCCAGAUUUCUCCGCAGAUUAGUCGAAGAUAUUUUUAAAGAUGUAUUUGCAAGGUCAAGCGACAAAAAUAUCAAGGUAACUGAAUUCAAGUUCCCAGCGGAUCUGGAGAGCAUCAUGGAUUUAACGCUAGAGGAGCCUACAGAUGACAGCAGACUUCUAGAGAUUUGUCAAGACGUAAUCAAAUACAGUGUACGGACAGAUAACCCUUUGUUCUUCAACCAACUGUUUGGUGGGAUGGAUCAGUACACAAUGGGAGGGGCCUGGCUCACCGACGCUCUCAAUACUUCUAGGUUUACAUACGAAGUUGCCCCCGUGUUUACUAUCAUGGAAAAGUACGUGAUUAACAAGAUGUUAGAAGUGGCUGGAUUGUCCUCAGGUGAUGGCAUCUUCUGUCCAGGUGGAUCAAUAUCCAACAUGUAUGGAUUAAACCUGGCUAGAUGUAGGCGAUUUCCAGAAGUCAAAAUGGACGGCAUGUCGUCACUUCCGCCUUUGCGAAUUCUUGCAUCCGAGCAGGCACAUUAUAGUGUAAGGAAAGCCGCUGCAUUCCUAGGCUUCGGGAUGAAAAGCGUUAUUCCCGUGAAAUGUGACACAAGAGGUAGGAUGCUGACAUUAGACCUGGAACAGAAUAUCACAGCACUUAAAGCCAAGGGGGAGGAACCAUUAUGUGUUGUCGCCACUUCCGGUACGACGGUCCUCGGAGCGUUUGAUCCGCUUAACGAAAUAGCUAAUAUUUGUGACAAGUACAAACUUUGGAUGCACGUUGAUUCCGCUUGGGGUGGUGCAGUUCUGUUAUCAAAGAAACAUAGGGGACUUAUGUCCGGCAUCGGAAGAGCCGACUCUUUGACAUGGAACCCCCACAAAAUGAUGGGCGCCCUCAACCAAUGUUCAGUGUUCCUAACUAGGCACAAGGAUCUCCUGGAAAAGAGUCAUUGCGCCAGGGCGGAGUACCUAUUCCAGCAAGACAAGUUUUAUGAUGUCACGUAUGAUACAGGUGACAAGUCUAUCCAGUGCGGCCGUAAGGUAGAUGUGCUCAAACUCUGGGUCAUGUGGAAAUCCAAGGGAGAUAAACGACUGGAGGAUGACGUAGACAACGCCCUGGACUGUGCCAAACACAUGGCCAGUAUGGUGACAGACAAAGUGGGAUUCCGCCUACUUAUCCAGCCUGAAUUUACCAAUAUUUGUUUUUGGUACAUUCCACCGAGCAUGCGUAAUGAAGAGGAAGAUGACGAUUGGAAAAUGCGUUUAUCAAAGGUGGCUCCAGCCAUCAAAAAACAGAUGAUGAUGGAGGGGACGAUGAUGGUUGCCUACCAACCUCUCGGAGACCAUGUCAACUUCUUUCGGUUGGUUCUGUCUAAUCUGGACAUCAAAAGCGAGGACAUGAACUUAGUGGUCAAUAUUAUAGACAGGAUUGGACAGGGCAUAUAUAACGAAAAGCAGUCACUUCCACAGGCAGAAUAGGACGCGAUAUAUACUGUGUUGUCAGUAGUAAACAUGGAAAUCUGAAAAGUGUGAGUAACGAGGCCUGAUAAUAUGACAAAUGGAUGAACAGAUAAUCGUACUUAGAAUAAAGUUGGGGGGUUUUCGGAAGAAUCUGCCUGUAAGCAAACAAAAUAUAAUCAAAAUAUAUACCAUAAAAUUUCAUUGACUGAUCAUGUACUUUUAGUAUAAUCUGCCCUAAUACUAGAUUUAAAGUCCGAAAAGAUCGGUAUAUCAAAAUGUAAAGUUACUAUGUUUCCCUUUUAAUAAAGUAAUGUCAUAUCUAACCAUGGUUCGAAAUGAGGUUUUGCCGAAGUCAAUUUGUCAUCAGGCAGAGGUAAUAGGUGAGAGUGAGUAACCCAUUUUGCGUUUCUGUAACUAUAACGUAAUAACAAUUACCAACCAAGUCGUAUCACCUUAUGUUAAUCACUCUUGUGAACCUUUUAGUGGCAGGAAACCAGGAGAUACCAUAUGAUGACCCAACAAUAUCUGUUCACGUCCGACCGUCCAUCAAAUCUGAUAUUAUAUUUUUACAUAGAUAUGUCAAUUAUAGUGAAAAUGAAAUAUAUCAUUCAUAAGUCAUCUACGGUAUAAACUUCCAUGUCCAUAUACCAUUAUAGAUCUUCACAUUAAAAUCAUAUACAAAUCUGAAAUGAAAUACCACUUAUAACAGCUAAGUACCAAUAGUGGCAAGGAGAAUGAAAGUUCACGGUGUCAUCCAAUUGACAGGACAGGAAAACAAUACUUAACAGUAUCCACUCUAAAACAUAGGCUUUAUUCAAACUGACAACAAAACAAUAUCAAGAGAUUGAUAAUUAGAGACCUAGACUUAAACAUUCACAGUUAUUACUAGG